AUGAAGUUCAAUCAAAUUUGUGCCGCAGUGUGGAAGAAUCAUCACAAGUGGGCAGUGACCAAUUAUUUCAUAGUCAACCUGUCCCUUGCAACUUUAGUGGUUCAUAGUCAACCUGUUCCAGCAACUUUAGUGGUGGACAGCACCGAGACAUGGUUCCUUGGGAACAGCCUCUGUAAGGUGAUCCUUUAUUUGCAGGUCAUGUCAGUUUCUGUUUCUGUGCUGACACUCAGCUGCAUUGCACUGGAUCGAUGGUAUGCAACUUGUCACCCUUUGAUGUUUAAAAGCAUAGCCAAGCGAGCCAGGAAGAGCAUUGUCAUUAUCUGGAUUGUGUCCUGCAUUAUAAUGAUUCCCCAGGCAAUUGUCAUGGAGUGCAGCAGUACAUUGCCGGGAUUAGCCAACAAAACCGCCUUGUUCACUGUUUGUGAGGAGCAUUGGGCAGCUGAAGUCUAUCCAAAGCUGUACCACACAUGUUUUUUCCUAAUAACGUACAUGCCCCCACUGUGUCUUAUGGUGUUGGCCUAUUUGCAGAUAUUUCACAAAUUAUGGUGUCGACAGAUUCCAGGGACCUCAGCCGCAGUUCAGAGAAAAUGGAAGCCUCUGCAGUCUACAGCACAGACCCCUGGGCUAAGGCCAUCAGCAAAGCUGAGGAUUAGUGGAGUGGCAGCUGAAAUCAAACAGAUUUGAGCCAGGCAGAAAACAGCACAUAUGCUAAUGGUCGUUCUUCUGGUUUUUGCUCUUUGUUAUCUGCCAAUUAGCAUUCUCAAUGUACUGAAAAGGGUCUUUGGGAUGUUUAACAAUGCUGAUGACAAAGAAACAGUGUAUGCCUGGUUUACAUUUUCCCACUGGUUUGUAUAUGCAAAUAGUGCAGCAAAUGCAAUCAUUUAUAACUUUCUCAGUGGGAAAUUCCGAGAAGAAUUUAAAGCCACAUUUUCUUUCUGCUGUGACUUUGGCAUCAGCCACCCCUGAGGCAAACGAGGCAGGGGACGGGCAAGCACAGAGAGUCGGAAAUCCUUGACCAUCCAGCUCAGCAACUUUGAUCCUGCUUCAGAGGUGUCUGAGCACGUUGCAUUGACCAAUAUAAGCACACUGCCAGCCAAUGGCACUGGACCGAUGCACAGCUGGUAG